AUGGACAGCGAGUGGGAUUCAUCCGGCGUCGACCAGUCGACCCUCGAAGUGUCGACCCUGACCGGUUCUUCGGACGCAGACUCAGGUGAAGAGGAUUGCAGCGUCACUCUCGUCGCCGUUGUGUGCUGCGUCCUGGCGUGCAUCAUCGCCAUAGCCAUCGCGCUACUCCUAUUCGGAGGCGUGGAGGUCUUCGAAGAUGCUGACUCAGGUGGAGGUGGUGACGGCGAUGGCGUGGAAGAUCCGACGAAAUACCCGCCCGUUGUCCGUUCCCCGCCACGGCCAGUGGUUACUGAUCACCCCACAACGAAAGCGCCACCAUCGCCACCGGUGACCGCUCGCCCUACAAUGACCAGGUCACCGCCUAGAACGCCAAGACCGCUAACAACGAGGCCGUCUCCUAUUAUACGCACUAAGCCUACUACUACACCCGUCACCACAACUACGGUGAAAAAAGUGACUCCUAGACGUGCGCCACCUACGCCACGUAAACGCCCUCCACCACCUCCUCCUCCGCCUCCUGCGACAUCGAAACACCCUCCACCACCUCCUCGUCUACCUCCUCCGCCUCCUCCAACAACGAAACGACCUCCACCACCUCCUCCUUCGCCUCCUCCUCCACCUAAGCGCCCUCCACGCCCUCCUCCUCCGCCUCCUCCGCCUUCUGCGACAACUAAACGCCCUCCACCACCUCCUUCUCCGCCUCCUCCUCCAACUAAACGCCCUCCACCACCUCCUCCUCCACCUCCUCCUCCUCCUCCGCCUCCUGCGAUAACUAAACGCCGUCCAGCACCUCCGACGACGACUAAACACCCUCCGCCACCUCCUCCUCCACCUCCUGCGACAACUAAACGCCGUCCACCACCUCCCCCUCCCCCUCCUCCGUCUCCUCCGACAACUAGACGCCCUCCGCCACCUCCUCCGACAACUAAACGCCCUCCACCACCUCCUCCUCCGCCUCCUCCUACAACUAAACGCCGUCCACCACCUCCUUCUCCGCCUCCUCCACCUCCUCCGUCUCCUCCGACAACUAGACGCCCUCCGCCACCUCCUCCGACAACUAAACGCCCUCCACCACCUCCUCCUCCGCCUCCUCCGACAACUAAACGUCCUCCACCACCUCCUCCGCCGCCUCCUCCGCCACCUCCAACAACUAAACGCCCUCCACCACCUCCUCCUCCUCCGCCAACUCGUCCUGCUCAGCCACCUCCGCCGCCUCCGCCAGUUCGGCCUACUCUGCCACCUCCGCUCACACAGUCCUCCAUAAAACCUAUCUCGCUUCUGUGCACCUUCGGGAACAAGACAGGCGGCGGCACUGUCUAUCCACCGGAUGGUUUGUGCGACUACAUCUUCUACGACUCGAUGUACAAGAAUAAUCGCAACCCGCUUUUCGGAAACUGGGACUACGACAUAUACUCCAUCCUCUCGAGAGCGCAGAAAGCCGACCGCACCAAGUCGCAGUAUGGUGCGGGUUUCGCCUUCGAACAUCGCAACAAACUCGUCAGCGAUCUGACCAAAAAGUCCCUGGAAGUUUUCUGGAGUCACAACUUGUUUCACUUCGGCAUCAUCGACUGUCCCAUGCACGGCGUGACUCAUGCCCAAAUGGACGAGGUGUUCGUAGCCCUCAAGGCGCUCGGAGAUGUCGCCAAGGUAGCGAGAACCUCGGGAAACGCCUCGUACGUCAUCCUGGGCGCGCUUUCCGCCACCAGCGCGUGGAACGACUACUUCAAAAACAAGUUCAAGAAUACCUUCAAGCCGGACCUGUUCAUCUCGCUGGGCCACCAGCUGCGGGGCGAUCCGGAGAAGAGCCGGUGCAUCGCCACGCCACCAGCCAUACUGCAGAAGCCAACGGGGUUUCCGGACGAACACGACUUGCACGACGCCGCGCGAGCGCUGGCGGCCGUUGCUUCGCAAGCCGGCGGCCCACGGAUCUCCAUCUCCGUCUCGAUGAAGGGUCGCUGGUCCACGCUGAAGCCGAACGUCAGGGCCGAGAUCUUCGCGCCCUGCGUCACGAGCAGCCAGGGGCCCUACUACGGCAGCUACACCGAGGUGUGCGACACGCCGCCCUUCUCGAACAACCUGUUGCACGAGGUGCAGCAGUACGCCAUGCGCGCCUACGACAAGGCGACGCGGCGCAUGUUCGUGUACGACAACGAGCAGACUCUGUGCAAGAAGCUCUGCCUCCUCAAGGCCAACUACACCAAGCUGGAGUUCGGCGUGGCCAUCUACGACCUGGACUACGAGGACGCCGACGACACCUGCUCGUCGCUCAACACUCAGGGAGCCUACAGCCGCACCAAGGUGGCGAGCACUGUGCAAAGGUAUUUAGCCAGCCAGUUCACCGAUCCGUCUAAGGAGGCCGAGUGUUCCCAGCUGUGGCAAUAGUAAGUUUGAGACCGUGACUGUACCAUUUAAUGAGCGACGCUCGCGAGCCGGUUAUUGAAUAGCUUACUCAUCUUGGCCAGGGUUAUUUGCAGUACCCGGCGGCGAAUCGAACUGCUUCCGAUGCGAUUGACUGUCGCAAAUCUAAGCUCCAAGUGCCGGCUUCUGGAGGCGUUUUCUUGUUUUCGUAUCGCGACGAUGUCUCGGGAACUUGUAUGCAUGUUUAUGUAGCUUUUCCUUCUCUUUUUUUUUUAUUUUGCCGUGUGUGCUGUGCGACAAAUGUAAAAGGAUCUUAACAGUAAAGGGCGUUUUUUCAGUGCGGUCCCUUAAUUGGUUCUGUUUAACUCAAACCGCACUGAGUCAACUGCGAAUGUGUAAGGGCACUGCACCGAGCCAUGUAGACAGAAUUAAAGCGCAUAACAUUUAUAAUAGCUGAUACGCUUGUACACAACGCUUGGCAA